AUGAACAUAAGGAAGGCAAUCAACGAGCCUGACACCACUGGAUCCUCGAAGCUCUUGUGCGCUUCUUUCAAUCAAGAUCAAAGUUGUUUUGCUGUAGGGUAUGAGAAUGGAUUUAGGGUUUAUAAUACAGAUCCAAUGGAUUUGAAAGUUAAAAGAGAAUUAGGAUCAAAUGGCGGGAUCGGAUUGAUUAGAAUGCUGUAUCGUACAAACUAUUUAGCUUUGAUUGGAGGUGGGAAGAAUCCAAGAUUCCCUUUAAAUAAAGCCAUAAUAUGGGAUGAUUUAAAGACUAAAGAUGCAUUGAAUUUAAAUUUUUAUAGUCCAGUUUUGAAUAUUUUUUUGUCAAGAACUAGAAUCGUUGUGGUUUUGAAUAACAAGAUCUAUGUUCAUGGUUUCAAUUCACCACCUAAAAACAUUGCACAAUAUGAGACUUUUGAUAAUCCCUUAGGGAUAGCUGCCUUAUCACCAGGUGCUUAUCAAGAUCAAGCUUCAAAUUUACAAAUAUUAGCAUUCCCAGCAAGAGUCAUGGGACAAAUACAAAUCGUGGACAUUUCAUCAAGUGGACAAGAAAGAAAUUUAGUUUCAAUAAUUAAAGCUCAUAAAUCUAAAAUACGUUGUCUUGCAUUAAAUAAAGCAGGAACAAUGUUGGCAUCAGCUUCUGAAACGGGGACCAUAAUAAGAAUACAUUCUACUCAGACUUGUAGUCUGCUAUAUGAAUUCAGAAGAGGUCUUGAUCGUGCUAUUAUAUAUUCAAUGGAAUUUUCACAAAAUGGAACAAAAUUAGCUGUAUUAUCAGAUAAACAAACUUUGCAUGUUUUCAAUAUUACAAAUAAUCAACAACAAGUUAAUAAACACCAUUUGCUGAAGAAUUUGCCUGGGUUAUUGAGACCGAAUUAUUUCAACUCUACUUGGAGUUUUUGUUCUGUUCACUUAAAAGAUGAAGAAACUGAUAGUGAUCUUGAUGAUCGCGGUGUCUUAGGAUGGUCUAGUGAAAGUUCAAUUAUUAUAUUAUGGAAAAUGAAGGGCAAAUGGGAAAAAUAUGUUAUUGUUGAGAAAGAUGAAGUUAAUAGUGGUGGUGAAAGUUUCAAGAAAUUUGAAUUGGUUAGAGAAGGAUGGAGAAGUUUUGGAGAUUUAAAUGAAUGA